CGGAUUUUUUCAUGAAGGUAGUUUUUCAUGGAAGACAGAGUGGAAGGAGACCAACUGAGUGAGAGGAUUGCAUCCCCCAGUGUGUGCCAAGUGUGUGUCAGCCAGAGUGUGUGUGUGCGCCUCGGACUCCCCGCUCAGUGAUGUAAAACGUGAAGGUGGAUUUUUGGCAUGUGGAGGAGCAGGUAAAAGGGCUUGUUCGUGAUGGUGCUCUGUGUGGACAAGAAGCCGUGCCAUGACAGAGGGCAACGUGGGUAAAAUGCGACACCCAGCCCCGAACUACUGCCACCUCUUCCUGGGCGGGGCCUUGCUGCUUCUCCUGGCCAACACGGCUCUCAGCUGCCCCGCCCGCUGCGAGUGCUCCGCCCAGAGCAAGUCAGUCAGCUGCCACCGUAAGCGCCUGCCCACCAUCCCCGAAGGCAUCCCCAUCGAGACGCGCGUCCUGGACCUCAGUAAAAACAAGCUCCGCAUCAUCACACCAGACAACUUCUCCUCGUUCCAGCAGCUGGAGGACCUGGAUCUCAGCGACAACCUCAUCAGCGUUGUCGAGCCUGGCUCCUUUCGGUCCCAGCUCGCCCUCCGCUCGCUCAACUUUCGCAGCAACUUGCUUCAGCUGGUUCCUGCCGGGGUGCUGUCGGGCCUCACCAACCUCACCCGCCUCGACCUCAGCCACAACCGGCUGGUGGUUCUCCUGGAUCAUGCCUUUCAAGACCUGCGCAGGCUCAUGUACUUAGAAGUGGGUGACAACGAGCUGGUUUUCAUCUCUCAGCGGGCCUUUACAGGAUUACUCGGACUCCAAAGUCUGACCCUGGAACGCUCCAAUCUCACCGUGGUCCCUACUGAUGCUCUGGCACAUCUGCACAGCCUGGUGGAGCUGCGCAUGCGCUACUUGAGUAUCAGCUUUCUGAAGCCUUUCUCCUUUAAGAGGUUAUCACGUCUCCGCAGGCUCGAGAUUGAUUACUGGCCCUGGCUGGACACGCUGCCCCCCCUCUCGCUGCACGGCCUCAACCUCACAACAUUGUUCAUAACCAACACGAACCUGUCUGCCUUCCCCGGCGCUGCCCUGCGCAACCUGCCCUACCUCACACAUCUCAACUUGUCCCACUGCCGCAUCCAGCACAUCCAUCAGGGAGAGCUGGGUCAGCUCCCGUACCUGCUGGAGCUCCGCCUCCAUGGGGCUCAGUUGAUUUCCAUUGAGCCCUUUGCAUUUGCGGGCCUCAAAUCUUUGCAACUACUGGAUGUGUCACAGAACCGCCUGGACUCUCUGGAGAGGGGAGUGUUUGCCUCGCCAGACAGCCUCCAGAGGCUGUGUCUGGGUGGAAACCCAUUAGUGUGCGACUGCAGAUUGCUUUGGCUGCUCAAUAGCCACAAGCCUCCGUCUCUGCAGAUUCUGGAUGUGCAGCCGGAGUGCAGCGCCCCCGAGCACCUCCUGGGGAAACCUCUCCGUGACCUCAAGGAGCCUCUGGUCUCCAGAUACAUGACCUGUACCAAGCCACGGAUCGGACCCAACACGACCCAGCUGCUGAUGGCCGAUGAGGGUCAGCCCGCCCGCCUGAGCUGCAUGGCAGAGGGAGCGCCCCGGCCCUCGGUGGUAUGGAUUACACCUCACAGACGCUACAUCACAACCAAGAGUAGCGGCAGGGUGGAAGUCCAACCCGAUGGGACUUUGGAGAUCAAGGCGGCGGAGCUGCAUGACAGCGGGGUGUACUUGUGUAUCGCCAGUAACCCUGCUGGUAACGCGAGCCUGUCAGCCUCUUUAGCUGUAAAAAGCCUGGGCAUUGGAGACAGAUCCCACUAUAGCAACAGGAGCUCAAACUAUCUGACAGACUCUAACAGCACGUGGGGGAAUGGGACAGUACUGUAUAACAUGACAGUCCCCAUAGACAUUAAGACUAUCAUUAUAUCUACAGCCAUGGGCUGCCUGUCCUUUCUGGGUGUGGUCAUCUUCUGCUUCCUGCUGCUGUUUGCCUGGAGCCGAGGGAAAGGACGCCAUAAGAGCAACUUUGAUAUUGAGUAUGUCCCUCGCAAAUCCAACGGGGCAUCCGCGGACGCGACGGAAACAAGCGGCCCGCGACGGGUCAACAUGAAAAUGAUCUGAAAGACUGACGCCUACAAAGUGCACACAUAUCAAGCUGAAAAAAAAAAAAGUUUUUUCUAUGACACAGUGGAUUUGUGACUAAUGAAAGUGACGUGCUAAUAUAGUGGGUGUCGAUAUGACGGUGAUCUAGUGAUAAAGUGGGCAUGUGAAUAUAAAGUGAUCUAUGAAACCGUGGACGUGUUUAUAUGAAAUAAUGUUCUCAUACAGUACAUUGAGUAUAUUACUAUAACCAACAUAUCAAUAUGGGAGUGAUAUAGUGCUGCACUAGGCAUGUGUUUCAGUGGUGACGUGAAGAUGUUGUCCACUCACCGUGACAUCAAGGUGACGGAGGGAGUG